UUGCAGCCCAGAUUGACGGUACGUUUCAUUCUACAUCUGCGUAAAAGCGACUUUUGUAAUGUUUGUGUGAAUUUGGUUGGAAUUUGGAUCUGCAGUCAUGCCGCUGGUAAAGAGGAACAUUGAGCCGAGGCACCUGUGCAGAGGAGCUUUACCUGACACCAUCAGCAAUGAGCUGGAGUGUGUGACCAACAACACACUCUCUACCAUCAUUCGACAACUCAGCAGCCUCAGUAAACAUGCAGAGGAUGUGUUUGGUGAGCUCUUCAAUGAGGCCAAUACCUUUUACCUACGUGCCAACUCUCUACAGGACCGCAUUGACCGACUCACAAUCAAGGUCACGCAGUUGGACUCUAGUGUGGAGGAAGUGUCACUUCAGGAUAUCAAUAUGCGUAAAGCCUUUAAGAGCUCUACUGUUCAGGACCAGCAAGUGGUGACAAAGAGCAGCAUUCCAAACCCCAUUGCAGAGACGUACAACACCACAGAUAAACCACCACCUCUCAACAUACUCUCUGCCUACAGGGAUGAUCAUAUUGAUGGACUUAAGUUCUACACAGACCCCUCAUAUUUCUUUGACUUGUGGAAGGAGAAAAUGCUUCAAGACACAGAAGACAAGAGGAAAGUGAAGAGAAAACAGAGGGAGCAGAAGCGCUGUGUUGAUGGUACGUUGCCACGUGAGGUGAAGAAGGUUCGUAAGGCUCAUAACCGCAGGCAAGAGUGGAACGUGAUGGCAUUUGACAAAGAGCUGCGGCCGGACCAUCGACAUCAUCAUACACUUCACAGGGGUAUAUCGUCAGAGGGCUCGCUGUCUCCAGAGGGCAGACUACAUGAUCCAGACUUCCCUGUCCCAGUGUGUCAUGCUCCAGUUCUAGCAAGGCACAUACACACACAGCCACAUCCUUUGAUGCCUGUGGAGACAGCUUCCUCUAGUGCUAAUGGAGGGAUAGAACAUGAGUACCACAGCAUCGGAGGACCGAUAGGGGUGGGUGUGAGUGCUGCCGUGGGUUAUAGAGUGGGCACACUCAAUCGAACACACCCACCUCCUCCGCAGUAUCUGCCCACUGAAAGUGGAGUCAAUGGAAACAUCAGCCUGCCACCAACAGACUAUGGUAUGAUGGAGUAUUAUGCUAGUUCAGGGCCGCCUCCUCCUCCUUUGGGUCCCCUUAUUCCAUCUGCACAGACAGCUUUUGCCUCACCUCCAGCGGGCCUGGCUCCUGCUCAUCCUGGAUCAGUCACCUCAGCCUUCCACUAUCCUUUUCCACCUGUUCCACCUUCUGGACCUGCUUUAGCCCCUCCUCCUGAAGGUCCACCACCUCCCCCAGCUCUUCCCAUACCUCCUCAUCCAGUAGCAUUUGGAGAAGUACGGAGACAAGAUCUGCAGCCUAUCACAGAUCCACGCAGUGACCUGCUCUCCGCAAUACGCAUGGGCAUCCAGCUGAAGAAAGUCCAGGAGCAGCAGGAACAGCAGGCUAAAAGAGAGCCAGUGGGGAAUGAUGUGGCCACUAUACUCUCCCGCCGCAUUGCUGUGGAGUACAGCGACUCAGAAGAUGACUCAGAAUUCGAUGAGAAUGAGUGGUCUGACUGAUCACAGUCAAACACACAUGCACGCAGACCAUUUUAUAUACUGUUCCUGUGCAAAUGAUGUAUGGAGUCAGUCCUCUUAAAUAUAAAAGCACAAACACUUUCACUCUCACACACAGUAAGGUACAAAUGUCUGAGAUGACUGGUGAAAAUGCUUUUUCCACUUGAGAAUGUUUUUCCAUCACAAAUGAUAUUAACAGCAUGACCGUUUCAAUGAAAAGCUGGCCAAGCAAAGAAAUCUACAAUUGAUUAGUGACCUAGAAAUCUUAAAUAGCAUCUUGAAUAUUUAUUAGGAUUUGUUUUUUUUUAAUGGGAUUAAAAAAGGUUUUGAACCAACUGUAUAUAGUUUAGGAUUAAAAAUGACUUCUUAAACAACAGAUGCUUAUGUAAUGUAGAUGUGAGCUGUGAACAAACAUCAUGCAUUCAAAAAGGCCUAAUGUCCAAGUUGUAGCUGAGGCCUGAUUUUUAAAGGCUUUUGGAUUAAAUCUGUACAGAAAAUAAUAAUUAUUCAUAAUUUCUAGAUUCAAAAUCUAGAGUAAGUAAUCGAGGUACUGUAAGAACUUAACACGACCUGCAAAGGUGUUGUAGCAGUAUUUUUACCCUUUUUAAACAAUGGCACAGUCAUUAUUUAAUGAUCUGCGAAUGUGCAAAAUUCAUGAUUAUUUAUUAUGUAUGUUUUUAUUUCUGUUCCACAGCUUGUACCAAGAAAUGUUUGUGUGGACAAAAUCUGUGUUAACAAUGCAUUAUGAUGAGCAAAGCUCCCAUGUGUCUGAACUCUCUCUUCUCUCUCAAUCUUUCUCGCUUUCUUUCUCUACUCCUGCAGAUAUUUAAAUGUAGUCUUAUC